ACACCCGCAGAGGCAAAGGAGAUCCGCGAGAGACUACGCCGACUCGGGCCUAACAGGUUCGUCGAGCAGACCCUUACUCUCGGUGCUGUUGGCGUGAGAAAGCUCGUCACGGCGUUUGGCGUAAGGCCCGACUUGCCUUAUUCUACCACCUGGUACUACCAAGUCCUUGGCCUGAGUAUCCAACGUGAGCUCAGAAAACGACAGAAGCUCACCGAGUACAACACAAUCGAUGAUGCCGUCUCGCUGCUCCAAAAGUCCAAGAACAUCAUGGUCAUCACCGGAGCUGGCAUCUCGACCAGUCUCGGUAUUCCUGACUUUAGAUCAAAAAACACCGGAUUCUACUCGCAGCUUACUGCUCGUGGGUUUGAGAGUCCGGAAGACGUCUUUGACAUUUACAACUUUGACAGCGACCCCACACAUUUCUAUCAAUUAGCCAAAGAGAUCUUGCCUGUCACGGAUCGAUGCUCACCUACUCACGCCUUCAUCAGACUGCUUCAGGACAAGCAGAAGCUGCUCACGAACUACACUCAGAACAUCGACAACAUCGAAGCAUAUGCAGGUAUUGAUCCAGAGCGACUCAUCCAAUGUCAUGGUUCAUGGGCGACUGCAAGUUGCCGCAAAUGCAACACAGAGGUACAGGGGGAUGCCAUUUUCGAGGACGUGAGGCAACAACGAGUCUCAUUCUGCCAGACCUGCUUGGACAUUAUCGAGAAACAGCCCCGCAAGCGCAAGCGCACAUCCAACGGCAAGUCAAAAUCGAGAUCGAAUCACUCCGACUCUGAAGAUGACGGACGCUAUGACGUACCUCAGCCUGGCGUGAUGAAGCCCAACAUCACGUUCUUCGGCGAAAAGCUCCCCGGCCGCUUCUUCGAUCGCCUCACCGAGCACGACGCUGCCAUAGUCGACCUGAUCAUCGUCAUCGGCACCUCCAUGAAAGUCGCUCCUGUCUCCGAGAUCCCCAACUAUGUCGACGAGAAAGUGCCACAGAUUUACAUCUCCCGCGAACCAGCCGAUCACAUUAAUUUUGACAUCACACUCCUCGGCUACUGCGACGAUGUGGUAGCAGAAUUGGCCAAACGUGCCGGCUGGACCAUCGACCACGCAAAAGUCACCACUUCGUCUUUGACGGCAACGCCUGGAGUCAAGACUGGACAGUGGAAUAUCGAACCACCGACCGAAGUCGAUUAG